GACAAAGAGAGCACAAAAUUCUGCAUUGCUUAUAUGCAUCUUCAUUUUAUGCACGAUUAUAUGUGAUGCAAAUUUCCACGACGAUGAGUUCGUGCCAACAGCGCGAAGAGCACUUUUCCAUGGGGUGAGGACGCAAUGGCACGAUCUGCUUGGGAGGCAUUGCCCCAAAUUCGGGGAGGAUCUCUUGGUAGCAGUCCCGAUCCCCCUUCCAAAGGGCUUUGUGGAGGCAGACAACUACAAAAUCCAAUUUACUUAUGAUGGUGAUCGGUUGGUGACCCCAUGGCUGAAAAUCAUUGGGAAGGGCGCCCCAAAUCCACCAAUGCUGCAUGUACACCUGACGCGCACAUCAGACGCCCUUACUUCAGUAUCAGCCAAGGUGCUGCCAGUACCACAGGGCUACCUGUAUGCGCACCACCAGUUGUUUGAUGAGUUUCAGAAUGCCACCGUCUGGCCAAAGCACCUCCUUGUCGAGUACUCCUGGACCACCCAGCACUCUGUGGAUGCUCUGUCGGCCCUCUACGUCAUUUUCUUCAUCUGUCUGUUGGUGUUCAUGGCGCUAGCGCUGAAUGUAGUGGUUGCCUACGAGACAAAGCUCAAGGCGUUCAUGGCUGAGAUUGCUGGAGAGGACCCGUUGUCCGUCGCUCCCCUGGUCAAGGGGGAUUAAGUUCUCGGCAGGAGCAGCUCUCAUCAAUGAAACGUAUGCUUUAGGAAAGCUCGCUACGAAGUGCCUUUAAUUGGGGCCAGGUGUCUGCCCCAGACAGCUAGCUACAAUUGCACAAGAUGGCCUGGUCGGCACCUGGCCGACACUUGGUCGGCACCUGGAUCUUUCAUGCUCUCACAGCAGUUGAAGGAGGUAACAUCACUGAGAGUAUUGGCAGUGGCCUUGUCAUAGUGAGAUUGGCAUAGUUUGCUGCGAAAAUGAGAGGGAGAGACAUCUGGGUAGAGAAGUAAGAGUAAGCGGUUGUGAG